GCCAUAGACAACAAGCCAUCUGGACGUAUAACAUUCAAGCUAUACGACGUUGUCGUCCCGAAGACCGCAAAGAAUUUCAGAGAGCUUGCUACGGACCAACACGGCUUCGGCUAUGCUAGAGGCACUUUUCACCGUGUCAUCCCUGCUGUAAUCAUAUUCUUCCUCGGGGGUGAUUUCACGCGGCACGAUGGUAGUAUGGGUGGGAAGUCGAUAUACGGCGAGAAGUUUGCAGGUCGGUGCCUUUGA